AUGGUCACUGCGACCAAAUUUGGCCCACCAAAUCCUUCUAAGCCUAAUGAUAAUGGAGGUUGGUACAGUGUACUGCGGGCACAUUUUGAUCUCUCUAAACCUACCUUCCAAAAAAUUGCCAAAUUCCAAGCUGGGAUGGUACCAGUGUCUUACAGGAGAACAUCUUUCAUGAGAAGGAACUGGGGUCAAAACUGGCAAGCCAGCUCCAGUUUCCAUGGUGAAACCCUCUCCUUCACUGUCACCACAAGUGAUGGUCGCCACAUGAUUGCAUGGAAUGUUAUACCUUCUGAUUUGGCAGUGGCGUAUUGGAGUGGUGUGCGUGCAGUGAGAGAGGAGAGGAUGGAGAGUAAUCUGUACGCGCAGGCGCAUGUGAGAGUGCAGGGCACUCACGACAGGGGGCUGCCGGAGCUGGUGGGGGUGCAGGUUCACGACCGGAGGGCGGCGGCGUGGAGCUCUUCGUCUGUAAGGCCAGGCUAG